AUGGAAAAGUCGCUUUCAGAUUAUGACCAAAGUCUCGAGGAAUUAGAACGUCAACGAGAAGAACUUGAACUUGUAAUGAAGAAGAUGGGUCAAGAAUGGGAGGAAAGUGGUGCCGGAAUUGCAUGGCUAGGAUCAGUUGACUUGACGAAUCAAGGGUUGGAGUCCACCGAUCUUGUCAAAGAACAGCAACGACAACAACAACAACAGGAGCAGCAGCAGCAACAACAACAGCAAUUCGAGCAUUUACGUGAUACUUUGCCCACUCCUAUUGUUGAACCAUCCGAAGCAGCGCUCAUGGAAGCCCAUCCAGACAAGCUACAAUCGCUCUUGACAACCAACGAAGCUCUGCUGGCACAGAGUAUGGCAGGACAAACACUACCACCAAGUGACUUUAACAGCAAUCCCGUGUCGCCACCUACAACUCCUGAUGAGUAUCCAAUGAUACGUGCUUCAUGUCUUAGCAGAAGCAAUUCGGUUGCAAAGAGUGCUGUCAUCCCAUCUUCCAAUAAUACAACACCACCAUUAUCAUCCGCAGGCACGGAUUCAAGCAAUAUGGCAUAG